AACACAUGGUUUAAAAAUAUACAUGUAAAAAAUGCGCACGUGUCUAGCAGGCGUGGCUUCGCAAUGCGAUUAAAUAUAACCAGUGGUGAGACGUACAUUGUAGCAGUCCACUAAUUUUUUUUUCUAAAUCGAGAUCAAACGUUUAUAUAUUACGCAAUAAUGUCGGGUUCAGAGAAAUGGAAAAUCGUAAUCGAAAACGGAAGACUUUGUGUAGAGGAAAAUGGUAGAUAUUUUGAGGACAUCGACAAUGUUGGAACAACAAGAGACUUUGGAAUUAUCAAGGUUACAUAUGAAUCUGGAAAAGCGAAAAUGUAUAGUUUGAAAAACUUAUGCGAAGGUCUUGGUUUUGGGCCAGCUGUCAAGACUCGUUCAGGUUUUAUGAAAAUAUGUGACUCAUUGAAAGCAAACGUAGAUAAUUAUCAGCUACAGACAUCUUCAACAGAUAACAUCGAUCAGUCGAAGAACCAAGUUAAUAUGAAUAUUUCAGAUGUACCGGGAGGGGAGGAUUUAACCAGGACUGACGACAACGUAAACACAUUGGAUAAUGUGCAAAGAAAAUCCUCGACGCGUAUGUCACCAGUCCACACGAAAUUAUUGUCACCAAUGGACAGUUCUGAAGAUGCAUCGACAGUUGAAGAUAUUCUAGAACGUAGCAUGAGUUCUUGCACUGAAGCGCAUAUGAAUAAAGAAGACGUUUCCGAUAGCACACCAGUUACAGUGGAGCAGUCAAUUUUGGACGAUUAUUUAAUAGGAGACACAUUAAAGGUACAUAUUCAGAACUUAGUUACACCUGCCGAUGAUCGCUGUUUUGGAAAUCUGGACACAAAACAUGCUCACUGUCUAAAACAAUUUUAUGAAAAUCAGCAAAUGUGUCAUACAAUUCUCAUUGGCAACAUUGUCAGCGAUGUUACUACUAAUAUAGAUAAUUUGUCAAAGCUUCUUCAAGAACCUGGCAAAGUAGCAGUUGAAACUUUAGGUGGUAAUCAUACAAGACAUGCGCUACAAUGUUUAUUCGCAAGCCAAACCAAACCUAUUAGCAUGGUAACAUGUCGGUUAUACAACAAAUUACCAGACGAGUUGGCGCUACAAUUAGGAUAUGAACACAAUGCAUCUAAUACAAUAGGAAAACCGACAAGUUUUGUUUAUUUAGUAAAGGUGUUUCGAAAAGAAGCAACAAAAAUAGUAGGAGAUACAGAUUUUAGCUGCAUGCAAAAUAGUGAAGUAAAGCAAUGGAAAGAUAUUUUAUGUACCAAUCUAGGGAUGGACAGAAAGGCGGAAGAAUUUCAUAACAAGUACAAAAUUGUUUUAAAAAUUGCAAAAUCAAAGGAUUCAGUAUGGAGAAAAUUUUUAGAAUUCUGUUCCGCUUUCGAAAUGAAUGAAAUUAGAAAUACUCCAAGAGGAUCUUUAAAGGUUACACAGUUGAGAGAUUUUUCAAUGCUUUCUAUUGAUAACCAAAUACAUAUUUUGGAAGAAACAUUACAGACAAAAGACUGGAGAGUAUUUAAGAGAGAAGUAGAAAGUGUUAGUUCAGAUCGAAAGAAAACAACUGGGAAAACAAAAGCAGAUCCGUCAGAUGUUGACAGAAAGAUCAAUGAAAGUGAGUGUAAAAUAAAACAACUGACUACCGAAAGAGAAAAAUUGUCAACUACUUCAUCAACAUUAAAAUCAAAGUUGACAGAAGAACAAAAGGAAACAAAGGACUUCUAGACAUUGUUGAAUCAAGAAAGGAAAAAAUGCAGCGCACUUGAAAUUAAAUUACAGCAAUUGAGGAGAUCAGAGACUGAACUCAAAGUUGUCUUGGAUAAGCAGAUUGAUAAAAAUGAAAAAUCUAGUAAUCUGCUACAAGUUGAAAAA